AUGUGGGGCCUGGUGAGGCUCCUGCUGGCCUGGCUGGGUGGCUGGGGCUGCAUGGGGCGUCUCGCAGCCCCAGUCCGGGCCUGGGCAGGGUCCCGGGGGCACCCAGGGCCUUCAUUGCUGCGGACCCGAAGGAGCUGGGUCUGGAACCAGUUCUUUGUCAUUGAGGAAUAUGCUGGUCCGGAGCCCGUCCUCAUUGGCAAGCUGCACUCAGAUGUUGACCGGGGCGAGGGCCGCACCAAGUACCUGUUGACUGGGGAGGGGGCAGGCACCGUAUUUGUGAUCGACGAAGCCACAGGCAACAUCCAUGUCACCAAGAGCCUGGAUCGGGAGGAGAAGGCACAAUAUGUACUACUGGCCCAAGCUGUGGAUCGAGCCUCCAACCGGCCCCUGGAGCCCCCAUCAGAGUUCAUCAUCAAAGUGCAAGACAUCAAUGACAAUCCACCCAUCUUCCCCCUUGGGCCUUACCACGCCACAGUGCCCGAGAUGUCCAACGUCGGGACUUCAGUGAUCCAGGUGACUGCUCAUGAUGCUGAUGACCCCAGCUAUGGGAACAGCGCUAAGCUGGUGUACACCGUGCUGGAUGGACUGCCUUUCUUCUCUGUGGACCCCCAGACUGGAGUGGUGCGUACAGCCAUCCCCAACAUGGACCGGGAGACACAGGAGGAGUUCUUGGUGGUGAUCCAGGCCAAGGACAUGGGUGGCCACAUGGGGGGGCUGUCGGGCAGCACUACAGUGACUGUCACCCUCAGCGAUGUCAAUGACAACCCUCCCAAGUUUCCUCAGAGCCUGUACCAGUUCUCUGUGGUGGAGACAGCUGGGCCUGGCACCCUGGUGGGUCGGCUCCGGGCCCAUGACCCAGACCUAGGGGACAACGCCCUCAUGGCAUACAGCAUCCUGGACGGGGAGGGGUCCGAGGCCUUCAGCAUCAGCACAGACUCCCAGGGUCGAGAUGGGCUCCUCACUGUCCGCAAGCCCCUAGAUUUCGAGACCUGUCGUUCCUACUCCUUCCGUGUAGAGGCCACCAACACGCUCAUUGACCCAGCCUACCUGCGGCGAGGGCCCUUCAAGGAUGUGGCCUCGGUGCGUGUGGCUGUGCAGGAUGCCCCAGAGCCACCUGCCUUCACCCAGGCUGCCUACCACCUGGCAGUGCUAGAGAACAAGGCUCCUGGGACCCUCGUGGGCCAGAUCUCAGCUGCUGACCUGGAUUCCCCAGCCAGCAUAAUCAGAUAUUCCAUCCUCCCCCACUCGGACCCAGAGCAUUGCUUCUCUAUCGAGCCCGAAGAUGGCACCAUCCGCACAUCAGUGCCCCUGGACCGUGAGGCUCGUGUCUGGCACAACCUCACAGUGCUGGCCACAGAGCUUGACAGCUCCGCACAGGCCUCCCGCGUGCAAGUGGCCAUCCAGACCCUAGAUGAGAAUGACAAUGCUCCCCAGUUGGCUGAGCCCUACGACACCUUUGUGUGUGAUUCUGCAGCCCCUGGCCAGCUGAUUCAGGUCAUCCGAGCCCUGGACAGAGACGAAGUUGGCAACAGUAGCCGUGUCUCACUUCAAGGUCCUCUGGGCCCUGAUGCCAACUUUACUGUGCAGGACAACCAAGAUGGCUCUGCCAGCCUGCUGCUGCCUUCCCGUCCUGCUCUGCCCCGCCAGGCCCCCUACCUGGUUCCCAUAGAACUGUGGGAUUGGGGGCAGCCAGCACUGAGCAGCACUGCCACAGUGACUGUCAGCGUGUGCCGCUGCCGGCCUGAUGGCUCUGUGGCCUCCUGCCGGCCCGAGGCUCAGCUCUCACCGACUGGGCUCAGCACUGGUGCCGUGCUCGCCAUCGUCACCUGUGUGGGCACCCUUCUUGCCCUGGUGGUGCUCUUCGUGGCCCUGCGGCGGCAGAAGCAGGAAGCACUGAUGGUACUGGAGGAGGAGGACGUCCGCGAGAAUAUCAUCACCUAUGACGACGAGGGCGGCGGCGAGGAGGACACGGAGGCCUUCGACAUCACUGCCCUGCAGAACCCAGAUGGGGCGGCCCCGCCGGCUCCCGGCCCACCCGCGCGCCGCGACGUGCUGCCCCGGGCCCGGGCCCCGCGCCAGCCCAGGCCCCCGGGACCCGCUGACGUGGCCCAGCUGCUGGCACUGCGGCUCCGCGAGGCGGACGAGGACCCCAGCGUGCCCCCGUACGACUCCGUGCAGGUGUACGGCUACGAGGGCCGGGGCUCCUCCUGCGGCUCUCUCAGCUCCCUGGGCUCCGGCAGCGAGGCCGGCGGCGCCCCCGGCCCCGCGGAGCCGCUGGACGACUGGGGUCCGCUCUUCCGCACCCUGGCUGAGCUGUACGGGGCCAAGGAACCCCCGGCUCCCUGA